AUGUAUAGUUUAUUUUAUUUUACAAUCUUAGCUGAUUAUCCUAAAUUAACCGGAUUACAUAAUCAAUUAAAAUUGAAUCCAGGUUUAUCUAUAAUACCAAAUUCAAAUCGUUUAACAAGUCUUAUACAUUUUUAUACAUCAAAUCCUGUAUCUUAUUCAUCUAUGAUAGAUGAAAUGACUGGAUUUUUAUCUUAUUAUCAAUAUCAUAUUAUUGGUGGUAUGUUUGAAUCAUGUGAAAUUAAUCCAAAAUUAUUAAAUAUGAGACGUCCAUGUCGUUUUAAUUUAGAUUCAAGUGGUCCAUGUAAUUUAAAAAAUGGUUAUGGUUAUUAUGAAGGUAAACCAUGUUUUAUUAUUAAAUUAAAUCGAAUUUAUGGUUGGUUACCAAUACCAUUAAAUAAUUAUACUAAUAUUUUACUUAAAUGUGAAGGUUUAACUAAACUUGAUUCAGAUUAUUUAGGUAAAAUAUGUUAUUAUGAUAGUGAUUCAUUAAAACAAUAUCAUUCAUUAAAUAAUGAUAUAGAUUGGUGUUAUAAAAAUUAUGGUAUUUAUGAUUCAAUGUUUUAUCCUUAUUUAAAUCAAGCUGGUUAUCAAUCACCAUUAGUAUUUGUACAUUUUCUUAAUCCUAAACGUCAUGUUAUUAUAUGGAUAAAAUGUUAUGCAUUAGCUAAAAAUAUUCAUGUUAAUAUUCAUUCAAAUGAAGGUUCUAUUGUAUUUCAAAUACUUGUUGAUUAAUUUCUAAUACAAAAUACAAUUUCAUUCAUUCAUGUUUGAUUGUUUAAAUGUAAUUCGAUAUUCAUUGUCAUAUUGAAAAAAAGUAGACAAACAAAUAAACAACAAACGAUUAAAUUUUGUAAAACCAGCUAAUUAUUAUUAAAAAAAACCCAAAUAUUCUUAUGAAAACAAGAUUGGUUCCAAUAGAGAAUGAAACCUGCAAUUCAUGUAAUUGAAAACAUUUCAUACCGUUUUUUUUUUGUGCCUCUGUUUUCGCAAUUUGUUUUUAUUGUUGUUCUUGUUGUUGUUGUUGUUGUUGCUAUCGUUAUUGUUAUAAUUAACAAAAUGUCUGAAUGUAAUUAUCAUUAUUAUUAUUGUUAUCAAGUGUAAUAUAUUGGAUAUUACAUGUAUUUUUUAAAAUAACUAUUUAUUCUAUUCAUUAAAAAUUCAGUAGUUCAUUUAAAAAAACAAUAUUUUUGAUCUAUUUUUUUGUUUUUGUUUUGCACAUUUAAACAAAUGGUUAUAUUCAAUGUACAAUGUACGUUUUUUUCAUUUUGUAGGAGUAAUAUAUAUGUAUAUCAUUUGAUUUUAAACAAAAAAACAGUAUCAUGAAUGAAAGAAUUAAAUAAUUUACAUAAUUUUUAUUUUAUAUUGAAUUAUUAUUAGAAAAAAAUGAGUAACUUUUUCUUUGUUUGCUUGUUUGUCAUUGUUUCAUUUGAAAAUUAUGAAUAUUGGUGAAUAGGGAAGCAACAUCUAAAGAUGUCAUCUAGUUCCCAUUUAAGUUCAUAUCUUCCAUUUUAGAAAUAAAAUCAAAGACAUCUUUCACGCUUCUGUUGAUGACUAAUUUGUAUAAGGAAUUUAAAAUUCGAACUAAACACUUUGCAGUUUUAUGAUAAGGUGAAUUAUACAUAUCUAGAACUGGGCGAAGAGGUAGACCUGUCUUGUGAACUUUAGGUAAACCAUAUAGGAAUAUAUAUAUCAUAUACUAUAUUAUUACUAUCAAACUAUUGUAAUGAACAUGUGAAUAUGGGAAUAUUUCAAAUUAUGAAUAUACAAUUCGUACUGGAUGAUUUUCUUUCUUUAUAUUCAAAUCUUCGAUUGUUUGAUUAAUCUCUGG